GACGGUUAGUCGGAAAAUGACCUUAACAAAAACGGACAAACAGUAAUCUCUUUAGGUGGAUAGCCGCCCCUUUAAGUGUUUCUUUGCAAGGUUCGUCCAAGACAUUUGGCAUUGAUUUACAUGUAAUGCCCAUAAGUAGUAUUCCGUGCCGUCGCAAUCUUCAAGGUCUCUACGAAGUUGGAUACUUAGUUCCAAUAUAGUAUCACUACAGAGUAUUUAUCAUAGGUACCUCAAUUACCUGAGAAGCAAACCAAUAUCUCACAUAUGGCGCAUCUACGUCUACUGACUCACCUAGGUUCCACCUGCCCCGGCCGUCUCCCGUAUUAUAGUGGGGCCGGCCGCCGGCCGCCGGCUUUCUUCAACCUAAAAUUAUUAGUGACCCGGGUCAUAAACUCGUCUUACUUCGGACGCUACUUCGGAUUAUACAUGCCAUAGAAUACGACUGACGAGAGUAGAAACAACAUCGUAAAUGGGAUAUUUGAAGUUUAGGUCAAGUCUAUUACUGCAGAUGUAUUUCAGGAGAGGAGGAUAUCGCAUACACAACUUCUGUUCAUGUUGUAGGCACCCAGCACAAAUUCACGAUGCCCACCUUAUCCGGUCUUUGGGCUCUCUGGCAGCAAUUCUUCCCACCAGCCCCCGCCUUCACGGAAAGGGAUGUUGGUUCCGGGAGUCAAGUCGGCAAAGUCUUUGUCAUCACCGGCGCCAAUUCAGGUAUUGGACUCUCUCUCGUAAAGCUCCUCUAUCCUACCGGCGCCACCAUUUACCUCGCAGGACGCUCGCCCAUUAAACUUCAGGCUGCCAUAGCCGAAGUUGAUUCCGCCUUGCCCUCUCCCACAACGCCAUCGAAUCUUAAAUCCCUAUUUCUCGAUCUCUCCAAUCUAGAGACAAUCGAACCAGCAGCGGCGUUGUUCGCAGCGCAAGAAACGCGCCUAGAUAUCCUGUGGAAUAACGCUGGCAAUGGAUGCCCGCCAGGAAGCGUAACGAAGCAGGGCAUCGAGGCGCAUGUAGGUGCGAACUGCGUUGCUCCGCUGCUCUUCACGCAGGAACUCCUACCGAUGCUCCGGGCAGUGUGAGGAUUGUAUGGUCAGGCUCUGCACAGAUCGACAUGUGCGCGCCUCAGCGUGGUAUCGACUUCGCACGCAUCGAGAAACCCACCACGGUCACGUAUGAGGAUUAUUAUGUUGUACUCUGGUCUGUCUCCUGAGGUGAGCGAAGAUUCUAACGGUGCGUAUAUCUGGCCGUGGGGUCGAAUCCGGCCAAUUGCGCGACUGGAUAUAUUGAAAGCGUCCGAAGGCAAAGCUACUGCGUUCUGGGAGUGGUGCGAAGAACAAUGGAAGCAGCAUGUUUAAUUCAGUGUAUAGGACCCAGAACAUUCUUCAUGCUACACGCAUUAGUAUUAGCUUGCGGUACACCACGCCCUUUUGGUAUUGCGCUUUAGUUACCUAAGGAAGAUAAGGACUGGGACGAGACAGCAAGGGAAGUGGCUGCUGAUACCAGGAGAUUAGGUGUUAUACUAAAUUAUCAAUGGCCAGUGACGAUAUAUUAAGCUUGAGGAUAUAGAGCAAGCGUUUCAGAGCGUUUUAACGUACACUCAUAGAUAUAUUGAGAAGAAAAGGCUGUGAGAGCAGGAAAUUCUAUCAGUAUUAGCCAACUUGUGAUGGGGUUAUCUAUCCCCUUACCGAAAGAAUGCCCGCGGAGCAUGAUAUCCGCAUUAUCGACCUUCAACAAACAAUACUAUCUGAAGUUACUU